AUGCUAGCCGCUCGUCUAAUAUCGUCUGUUUCGAGAAAACCCCACUUUGGUUGCAGCUUACCGCCCGCCCUACUGCUAUCCUCAGCGUCUCGCCGGCAUUUUCGUGUUUCGCUUGCCAGAAACUACACCACAAAGUUGAUGAAGGAUAAGAAUCUGGAACACAAGCAGGCUGACAACAAGACGACUCAUAGUCAUUCGCAUGACUCAGUGAAUCACAGCCAUUCCCAUGACUCUGAGUCCCCUUCCCACUCCCACGAUCACUCCCACGACGGCGGUGCACACUUGUUCCACUCCCACAGCCAUGCCCAGCCCAACGAGCUCUUGGGCAAAGGCUUCACCACAAAUCCAGCAGUCAGAAUCACGUGGAUUGGCCUUUUGGUCAACGUGGCCAUGGCAGGAUCCAAGGCUGUUGGUGGAGUAGUUUUCCACUCCCAGGCUCUCAUAGCAGAUGCCAUCCAUUCCCUCUCAGAUAUGGUGGCUGAUUUUCUUACAUUGGCUACAGUAAAUGUGGCCCUGAAAGAAGGCUCGGUGACGAGGUUCCCAAUGGGCUACGGGAAAAUCGAGGCCGUGGGCACUUUUUUGGUGAGCGGAGUGCUCUUGUUUGCCGGUUUUUCAGUUGGGUGGAGCUCUUUGCUACAGGUGUUCGAGUACACGCUACCUCCGCAGAUGUUUGAGUGGGUUUCGAUGAUCCAGGUCCAUUCUCAUAGCCAUGGUGUGAUGGAUGCGUCGGGGGAUGCCCAUUCCCACUCCCACGCUGCUCAUGCAAACCCACAAGAGGUUCAGAUGCCCAACAUCAACGCGGCGUGGCUUGCCUUGGGAUCUAUUGGGGUCAAGGAGGUGCUUUACAGGAAAACAAUGCAGGUGGCUGAUGAGACAAACUCCAAGGUUCUCGUUGCAAAUGCCUGGCACCACAGAGUCGAUUCGCUCACUGCGGCUGUGGCGUUUGUCACGGUGAUGGGCGGGGUGUUGUUUGAUUUGGCAUGGUUGGACGCCGUGGGCGGCGGCCUUGUGUCGAUUUUGAUUGUCCAUGCUGGCUGGGGUUCGUUCAAAGAGGCCUGGUACGAGCUAGUGGAUCGCUCCGACCCUCCAGCGUCUGAGCACUACCAGCAAAUUAGACUGUUGGUAGAAAGCGAGGUUAGCACGGCCGCUGCCUCGCUCAGUCAAAGCUUCACCGUCAAAGACCUUUCUGUCUUGAGUGCUGGUGCCAGAUUCAACCUCAUCUUGCAUCUCGAAACAGACAAAAAUGUUCCUUUGCAAGAAAUCAUAGAUUUCGAGAGAGAACUACUCGAGGGCAUCAAAGAGUCCAACCGCUACGUUGGCAAGGUGUUUGUUGACUACAACAUUCGCCAGUAA